UGGAGGCAGGCGCUCGCUGAGGCAGGAGGAGGGCUCUCGGCCCGCGGCCUGACAGGGACUUAGCCCGCAGAGAUCGGCCCCGCGCGCGCGCGACCCCACACCCACCCACUCAUCCACCUACCCACUCCCUGCGCCGCCUCCUCCCACCCUGAGCAGAGCCGCCGAGGAUGAUAAACACCCAGGACAGCAGUAUUUUGCCUUUGAGUAACUGUCCCCAGCUCCAGUGCUGCAGGCACAUUGUUCCGGGGCCUCUGUGGUGCUCCGAUGCCCCUCACCCACUGUCGAAGAUCCCCGGUGGGCGAGGGGGUGGCAGGGAUCCUUCUCUCUCAGCUCUAAUAUAUAAGGACGAGAAGCUCACGGUGACCCAGGACCUCCCUGUGAACGAGGGGAAAGCUCACAUCGUCCAUUUCCGGUAUGAGGUCACCGAAGUGAAAGUCUCUUCCUGGGACGCAGUCCUGUCCAGCCAGAGCCUGUUUGUGGAAAUCCCGGAUGGAUUAUUAGCUGAUGGGAGCAAAGAAGGAUUGCUAGCACUGCUCGAGUUUGCUGAAGAGAAGAUGAAAGUGAACUACGUCUUCAUCUGCUUCAGGAAGGGCCGGGAGGACAGAGCUCCGCUCCUGAAGACCUUCAGCUUCUUGGGCUUUGAGAUCGUACGUCCUGGCCAUCCCUGUGUCCCCGCCCGGCCGGAUGUGAUGUUCAUGGUUUACCCUCUGGACCAGAAUCUGUCCGAUGAGGACUAACGGUCACAGAGGAUGCUUUGCCCAAGAGCCACGGUGGGGGAGGAGGGGAAGUUAGGCAGCCCUGGGACAGAGGAGAGGGCUCCUCGCUGUCUAGGGAAAGACGCUGAGGGCUCAGGGCGAGGGCCGCCUGUUGUGUUCUCGGAGUUGACUUGUUGACAUUGUUUUCCAUAAAGAACAGUAUAAACAUAUUAUUCACAUGUAAUCACCAUAGUAAAUGAAGAUGUUUAUGAACUGGCAUUAGAAGCUUUUUAACUGCGCUGUGUGAUGUGCUCUGUCUAGCCUAGGGGAGGGGCUGUCCUGGUCCGGGGGCCAGGCCUGGGGGCUGGUGGGCAGCACUGGCAGGCUCAGUUCCCCCGCGGUUGGUUUUCUUUUGUUUUGUUUUGGUUUUGAAGACUUAACGUUGUUUCCUUUCUUCGCUUCUUGUCCCCCAGGGGCCCCUGAGUGUAGGCUUCUCCACCCCUGGGCAGUGUCCUUGAGGUGUUUUCUGACCUCUGCUUGGGCUCCUCUGUGCAUCUGUGUCUGGCCCGGCUACGUGGGCCUGACCGCUCCCUCCUCACAGCUUAGUGUUCCUCUGGCAUCUGGUUAAGCUGGCUUAAUCUGUUUAAUGUUAUCAGUGCAUUUAAAAUAGGGGCAUUGAAGCUCACGCCCACCACCGGGGCCUUGUCAGGGGUGCCGAGCCCAACUCGGCUUCUCCAGUCACCACCAAGAGUUGGUGCUCCUGUGACCCAGGCCCCAAGGAACAGAGAGGAGGAGGAACCACCACUCAGGGCCUGGGAAGUCUGGGGGAACCUGUUGUUACGGACUGGAUGCCUCUGGCUGGCGACGGCCCCCCAGCCCAGGUCCCGAGUAGUGCCUGGGACGUGGGGGAGCGGAAGUGGCCCGCCCUCUUCAGUUUUCACUGAACAGCUUGUUCUAAGGGGAGAGGCCGGGGAAGAGCUCUAGACUGGGACGGGGGUGGGGGUGUCAGGGAGGCCAGUGUGUUGUGUUAACUGUGUCAAUAAACUGAUUUAAAGCUG